CGCGGAUCGCGUGACUCCGACCUGCCCCGAGGAGGGGCGGCGCGAAUACAGCCCAGCCCGCGGGAAGCCGAGAACCGAACGCCUUGUUUGCUCUGUGCCGCGUUCCGCGCCCCGCCCCACGGUUCCCGUUCCGGUGGCGGGAUGCGGUGGGCGCUGCGCGGCUGGCGGGCGCGGCGCUGGCUGUCGCGGCGGCCCCCCGAGGAGGCGGAGCGCGGCGGCGGAGGCGGCGGCGCCAUCCCCUUCGCGAGCAGCGAGGCGAGCCCGCGCGCCUGGAGCGUGCGCCGUUCCAUGGGCAGCGACCACGAACGGCCGUGGGGGCGGGUGCUGCCGCUCAGCCUGCUGUGCGUCGGGCUGCUGCUCUGGGCCGCCUUCCGCGAGAGCUCGGACAUCGACCGGCGGCUGGAGGCGGCGCUCGCCGGGGAGGAGCCCGGCCCCGAUCCGCCGCGCUGAGCGGGGAGCCGCCCUGGGAAAGCGGCUCCGUCCAGCCCGAGGGCGGUUUUUCCUCCCGGGCCCGCGAAUCGAGCUGCACUGGAACGCUCUAUCGGUACAACCGGUCUCUUCCGCCGAUCGCUUUCCUUGGAUGCGCCGUGUAUUAAAAUAUAAAAGCUGUGAGUCUGUAAAACUGUUGCCGAAGGUGACCUUGAUUUGACAUUUCACCAAGUGCCUGACUCGCAUCGAAGACAGCUGCAAGUUGUGAUUCGUUAACGUGAAUUCUUGCGGGUUGUGAUUUCUUUUAAUUCUACUAAAUAACGUAGAAAUUAUCUCCUUUAGCCUUUGAUGCUUCCUUUCUAGACUAGAACGCUUUAGACGUGCCUGAUUGAGGUGACCAUUGCUGGUGGGAGAGAUUGUAAGGGCUCGAAGUGAUUGUUCUGCGUUAUAUUGGGGAGGCGAUGUUGAGUUCCACUGAACUGCGUAGCAUGUGUUUUUUCCUACAGAUUCACAGGUAUUCAGACUUGCACGCUGGAGACACGUGGAGAGGAGGAAUCUAAGCUACACAUGACUUCCCUUCAAAACUAGAGAUACUGUUUUUAUGCUGUAAAAUGCAAAAA